CAGCUGACAGUCUGUCUAAUGUUUGGGAUUGUUGUGAUGGGGCGCGGCCAUCUUGGAUCAGCGGCGCUCCAUGCAGGAGAGGACAGACCGACGGACGGACGUUGACGCCAGUUAGCUAGCUGACGUUAGCUGCUCGGCGAGAUUAACCACAAUCUGUGUCGCUGUGCGGUGCGACUAUGCUUUAUAGACGCUGCUUGUUCUCUAUCAGCUGCCACUUUGAGGGCAUAACAUGGUUGUGCACUGUGUUCAGAGUUUGACGUUUUAACUCCGGCGAGGGCGGUGGCGGCGGUGCACAUCCUCGGUAUAUUUUGUAAAAUUUCUGGAUAGAGGAGUUACUAUGAAUGGAGGAUAAAUGUUGCCAAAGGCUGACAGCAGCAGUUUCGUCAUCUUCUCUCUCCUCUUCGUCCUCUCGUUAACGGACCCACCGCCGACAGGUCCGCGGCUAGCUCUGGCAAGAUUAUUGUCAGAGCAACGCUGCAGCCCUGGGCAGUUUGCCUGCCGCAGUGGGAAGAUGCAGUGUAUCCCGAUGUCCUGGCAGUGUGACGGCUGGACAGCAUGCGAGGACAAGAGUGACGAGAUGGACUGUCCCCCUAUAAAGGAGGAGCGGUUUCGUUUUGGCAACGGAUACGACCAGGUCGAAGAUGUCAUCGGUGUGGCUCAGCCUGUGCGCUUCAACAAGAAAUGCCCCAGUGGGUGGCACCACUACGAGAAGACGUCCAGCUGUUACAAAGUGUACCUGAGGAACGAGAACUAUUGGCAGGCUGUCGACACGUGUCAGAAAGUCAACGGCUCAUUGGCUACUUUUGUUACCAAUGAGGAGCUGCAGUUCAUACUGAAGAUCGAGGUGGAUUUCGAUGACAAAGUCUGUGAGCGCAGAGACCAGUGCAAGUUUUGGGUGGGCUACCAGUAUGUGAUAACCAAUCAGAACCACUCUCUGGAGGGCCGCUGGGAGGUCGCAUAUAAGGGGUCCAUGCAGGUGUUUCUGCCCCCUGAGGGUCUGACUAACUUUGGGGAGGCGUCUCCCAUCCAGGACAAUGUCUUUUGUGCCCAGCUGCAGCGCUUUCAGAUCAAAAGCAUGAAUGAACGAGGCCUGCACAGCUGGCAUGCUGAGAACUGCUACAAGAAGUUCCCCUUUCUCUGCAAGAGGAAACAAACAUGUGUGGACAUAAAAGACAACGUUGUCAACGAGGGCUACUACUUCACCCCCAAGGGGGACGACCCGUGUCUGAGCUGCACGUGUCAUGACGGCGAGCCUGAGAUGUGUGUGGCUGCGUUGUGCGAGCGUCCGCAGGGCUGCCAGCACUUCCGCAAGGAUCCCAAAGAGUGCUGCAAGUUCACCUGCCUGGACCCAGAUGGAAACAGUCUGUUUGACUCGAUGGCCAGUGGCAUGAGGCUGAUCGUCAGUUGUAUCUCGUCCUUCCUCAUCCUCUCUCUGCUGCUCUUCAUGGUGCACAGACUCCGUCAGCGGAGGCGUGAACGCAUUGAAACUUUGAUUGGAGGAAACUUGCACCACUUUAACCUCGGAAGACGAGUCCCGGGCUUUGACUACGGCCCGGAUGCCUUCGGCACCGGCCUCACUCCCCUGCAUCUGUCUGAUGAUGGAGAGGGAGGAGCUUUCCAUUUCCAAGAGCCUCCUCCGCCGUACGCAGCCUAUAAGUACCCCGACAUCCAGCAUCCUGACGACCCCCCUCCUCCGUACGAAGCCUCCAUCAACCCAGACAGCCUCCUCUAUGUGGACCUUGGACAUGGGGUUUCCAUAUUGCCGAGCCAGAUGAACGCCAUGGUAGACGGGCUCCAGGCAGCUAUUCCCAACGCCUCUGGCCCUGUGAUGGACUCGGCACCGCCCUCUCAAGAGAGGGAGGACUCCAUAGACAGCAGCACCCUCCUGGUGGGGCCCGACACCCCGACAGAUGGCCACGCCCCCGCUUCCAUGCCCGUAGACUCCCUCAGCACCGUUGUAUAGGUCUUUUUGACGGACGGACACAACCUGCUGGUUGAGGAAGGUCAUGAGGGCGUUCAGCGCGGGCAGAGGUCGCAGCAGACUGUGGUCAUUCAUCAAAAUGCUGACUGCAGGGAGGGUUCGGGUUUGUACAGACAUGACGGAAGCCUGUUUCUUUGACGGGCGAGGAUGACAACUUUCUAAAGACUCUUCUGCAGUUGGAGUGUUUUUUUGUUUGUUUGUUUGUUUUGGAAACAGAGAGGACUGUUUCUAUACAGAGGAAAAACAUGUUUACUAUUAGCAUCGAUUGAGCAGAGCUUUUGAAACAUCUCAGAGUUGGCCCGAUUGGUUGAGAGGCCCUAAUGUAAAUACCCCUUCAGGUCUGUGCCGGUCAAAUUUGUUAUACUUGUGUUUCUUCGGCACAAGAAUGACAGACGGACAGUGAAGUCAGCUAAUGUCUCUUGUGUGUGUCUGUUUGCAGACGUAUCUGUGUUGAUCCGACGGUCUCCAGGCUACAAUAAUGUUCUCAUCAGCUCUGUCCGUUGCGGCAUGUCCCAGUUCUCGAUUUCUACUCGCUCAUGAAAUCUACUGUCCCCUCCCUUUCUUAUUAGUCUGAUACAUGAAGCUGUCUUCCAGGUUUAUAGCGCGUAUUUGCAGCAAAAGUUUUGUAAUUAAGAAGUUUAACCUUGCAAGAGAGUACGGUUAGUUUCCUGCUAUAGUGGUUUUUAUUAGGUAAUGCUUGACACACGGCAUUAUGUAUCAAGGAAUGUUGUGGUACUGAUAAAUAUCUGAGUUUGUUAUUGUGUUCUUUUUGAUGAUAAUUUAUGACUGCAGGUUGUAAUCUUGAUUGUUUUAUCGUGAGAUAGACACAGUCUGAACUCCCCAGUGAUCGGCGAGUGUAAGCGAUGAAGCUUUUUCGAGUGUACAUGUGAAGAUUCAGGAUCCUGUCAUUCAAAUUUGAGAAAAUCAAUUUAUUUAAGAUUGCUGUUCCAAUCAUGAAACGGGUUAAUCAUGCAAACGGCCCCAUUUGUUGUUCCUUAAUCAUCAACUCUUGGCAGCAUAGUUGUGUAUUUGCUAACUGAACCAUGUUUAGGGAUUCAAAAACUCAGUGUUUUGCACGCUCAUCCCUCAAAUUAAUCAGGGUUUGUUUGUUUAUUUGCAAAGAAAAUUGUUAAAUGUCCCAUUUGGAUGCUGCCCCUUCAUUUCAGAUGUGUUUGUGUGUGGCUCUUCACGCAAUACAUCCGUUGUCUCAGUUGUUUUCAGCUCCUGAUGAAGAUCACUGACUGCAGCUGUGUCUAUUUCUGUUUGGUGUUAAUGGGUCUGUUAACGUCCUUGUUUCUCAGUAGGUUUGCAGUAUAAAAAAAAUUAUUGUAAAAAAAAUAAACUGUAUAUUUGGCACUUGUUAGACCCAUUUUAUGACGACAAUCGUUUGACUCGCUCAAGGAUGAAUUUUGCAAAGCCUGAAGAAGUUAAAUCAGUCGACCCGCAACCACCAGCAUUCAAGCCGCUAUUUUGAUCUGCUCAAGAAAACCAGCUGUAAAUGUGUCUGAAUGAACUCACUUUGAGUUUACUGUAGAAAACAUAUUCUUCCCCAUUUUUGUAUUUAUUUUGGGGGGCAUUGAUAAUCCAAGGUGGAUUAUCCCAGAAACAAAAUCUCAUGAAUUGUGAAAAAGGUGUGUGUGUGUGUGUGUGUGUGUGUGUGUAUAGGAGAAGGUGUUCUGGUUUAGAUUUUUAUUUUUCAUUGAAGUUGUUUUGAUUUUAUUUUGCAACCUGCUUUUUUCGAGCUGCCGUGCAUGUUUUUAUUUGUUGGCAUGCUGAGAGAUUUUUCAUUUGAAUGGAAACAUGUUUAGCUUGACAGUCUGUACAGUUUAACAUCUGUGUGCAUCAGAAACCUGCCCAUGACCCCAACAGCUGCAUUUAUGCUGUCGUUUCUGUGCUGGUGUGAGAACUACUUUUUAUUGGAUUCGAUUUGUUUUAUGUAUAAUACAACAAAUGCUACAUUUCAUUGUCUUUUAUUUCAUAGCCUUUUAAAAUUUUUUUAAAAAGUGCUUAAUUUGCAGGGAGAGCUUGUGUUUUUCUGAGGUAAAUGUACAUCUAAUCAAAUGCCAAAUAAAUUGCACCAUGAAGGACGA